GAUUCCUUCUGCUGCCAUUCAGAGGAGGCGUUAGAUUGAACAAGACUCCACUCCUGUAGUAAGGACCAACCCCCGUACAGCAGAAGCAAUUGCGCUUGCAGAUGUGAAGAUAUUUGGGUUUUGACAGCUAAUGACUGAGGGAGGAGCCCUUGACAGGGAGUGUUGUACAACACUAAUUAAGGAAGGCUUUUAUUAUUUUGAACAGUCCGAACGGGAACAGCUCUCAGUUAAUGUUUUAUCAGCAAUACGAGAUUGGGAAGACUGGGCUGGACAUAAUUGUAUUUAUAGAGGCUGGUGCAGGAAGAAGUGCCGGCAGGCAUCACAACAUGCUCACCACCAUGCCGCUGCUCCUUGGAUUGUUCAGCCUCCUUGGCAGCACUUGUGCCCUGGAUAAUGCUUUCAUGCCUGCCAACUACUCUAUAGAUGAAACCGGGGCAGGUAGGUUUGUGGAAGAUCAUAACAACACUGCAGAAGACAUCUUCUUCGUGAGUGUUUCGGCCAGCUGGAACUACAACACCAACCUAACCAAGUACAACCAGCAGAAACAGAUCAAUGCCUCCCUGGAGGAGCAGGAGUUUGUGGAAGCCUGGGCUAAGAAAGCAAAGGAGUUUGAUGCCGUCAAAGUCAAUUUCACGGAUAAGAACCUGAUACAUCUUCUCGACAAUAUUCGCAUCCUUGGCCCUGCUAACCUCCCGCAGACUGAAAGAGAGCAGUACAACACCAUCCUGAGUGAAAUGGACAAUAUAUAUUCCACAGCUAAGGUGUGUCCAUAUGGUGAAAAAGACCAGAGCAAAUGUUGGUCUCUCGAGCCAGAGCUGACAGAUAAGAUGGCAACAUCCCGGGGUUACAAAGAGCUGCUCUAUGCAUGGGAAGGCUGGCACAACUCUGCAGGAAUCCCACAGAAAGCCAACUACAAAACGUUUGUUGAAAUGAGCAACAAAGCCUCACAAAUGGACGGUUUUGCAGACACUGGAGAGUACUGGAGAUCUUGGUACGGCUCGCCAACAUUCGCCGAGGAUCUUGAAAAGAUCUACAAUGAUCUCAAGCCACUCUACCUUAAUCUUCAUGCUUUUGUGAGGAGGAAAUUGUAUAAUAGAUAUGGAUCCAAAUAUAUCAAUCUGAAAGGACCUAUUCCUGCUCAUCUAUUGGGUAACAUGUGGGCCCAACAAUGGAACAACAUCUAUGACAUGAUGAUCCCAUUCCCCAGCAAGCCCAAUAUUGAUGUUACCGAUAUGAUGAAAAAAAAGAACUGGAAUGCCACCCACAUGUUCAGAGUCUCUGAAGAAUUCUUCACCUCCCUGGGCCUCAUCGAGAUGCCGCAGGAGUUUUGGGAUCACUCAAUGUUGGAGAAGCCUAAUGAUGGAAGAGAGGUUGUGUGCCACGCGUCUGCCUGGGACUUCUAUAACCGGAAGGAUUUCAGAAUCAAACAGUGCACAACAGUCACCAUGGAGCAACUGUUUACAGUGCACCAUGAGAUGGGCCACGUGGAGUACUACCUGCAGUACAAGGACCAACCAGUCACCUUUAGGAGCGGAGCUAAUCCAGGCUUCCAUGAAGCGGUCGGGGAUGUUUUGGCUCUCUCAGUCUCUACACCCAAACACUUGAACGAAAUUGGACUACUGGAAAAUGUCACCACUGACAAAGAAACCGACAUUAACUACCUCCUGAAAAUGGCCUUGGAAAAAAUUGCCUUCCUCCCGUUUGGAUACCUGAUUGAUCAGUGGCGUUGGGGGGUGUUUAGUGGGAGGAUUUCCCCAGAUCACUACAACUCUGAAUGGUGGUACCUGAGGACCAAGUACCAAGGCAUCUGCCCUCCUCUUCCAAGGAACGAAACAAACUUUGACCCUGGUGCCAAAUACCACAUCCCUGGAAAUACUCCUUACAUCAGGUACUUUGUGAGUUUUAUUCUGCAGUUCCAGUUCCACAAAGCCUUGUGCAACGUUAGUGGACAUACCGGACCUCUGCAUCAAUGUGACAUCUACAAAUCACUUGCCGCUGGCAAAAAGCUCAGUGACGCAUUGAAGGUUGGCUCCUCAGUUCGUUGGCAGGACGUUCUUCAGGAUUUCACGGGCACUGAUAAAAUGGAUGCUUCCGCCUUACUUGAGUAUUUCAAACCCAUCACCGACUGGUUAAAGGAGCAAAACACCAAAAAUAAGGAUGAGCUGGGGUGGUCGGACUUUGAGUGGCGGCCCCCAGUUCCUGAAGGAUACCCAAAUGGCACUGAUAAAAUCACUGAUGAAAAUCAAGCGAUUAACUUUGUAAAGGAGUACAACACAGCGACAGAGAAAGUGUGGUAUGACUACAUAGAGUCCUCAUGGACAUAUAAUACCAACAUCACGGUACAUAAUAACCUGAUCAUGUUAGAGAAAAGCCUAAAGAUGUCUAAUCAUGCACUAAAAUAUGGAUUGCAAGCUCGUCAGUUCGAUUACACAGACUUCCAAAACGCAGACACCAAACGCAUUCUGAUGAAACUGGGCAACAUUGAACGUGCGGCACUUCCCGUGCAGGAAGUGAAGGAGUACGACAGUGUCGUGUCUGAGAUGGAGACCACCUACAGUGUUGCUAAAGUAUGCCGGGAUAAUGGGACCUGCCACCCUCUGGACCCUGAUCUGACACACAUCUUGGCCACCUCAAAUGAUUAUGACGAGCUACUAUUUGCCUGGGAAGGAUGGAGAAAUGUUUCAGGAAAGAAAAUGAGGACCAACUUCAAGAAAUACGUGCAGCUAAGCAACAAGGCGGCAAGACUCAACGGCUUUCAUGAUACCGGAGCAUUCUGGAGGUCUCUCUAUGAUUCCAAGACCUUUGAAGCAGACUUGGAGAAUAUUUACAAUGAGCUGAAGCCUCUGUACCAGAACCUGCACGCUUAUGUCAGAAGAGCGUUGUUUAAGAAAUAUGGAACCAAGUACAUUAACCUGAAGGGCCCAAUCCCAGCCCAUCUCUUGGGUAACAUGUGGGCUCAGUCAUGGAAUAACAUCUACAAACUGCUGAUGCCCUACCCGGAUGCCAGUCAUGUUGAUGCUACCCCUGAAAUGAUCAAACAGAAAUGGACUCCCGUAAAAAUGUUUCUGGAAUCAGACAAGUUCUUCCAGUCGCUUGGCCUCAUAAAAAUGCCAGAAGAGUUCUGGAAUAAGUCAAUGCUGGAGAAACCAGCGAACCGAGAAGUGGUGUGUCAUGCCUCUGCCUGGGACUUCUUCAACCGCAAGGACUUCCGAAUUAAGCAGUGCACUGUGGUGAACAUGGACGACCUGGUGACUGUGCACCAUGAAAUGGGUCACGUCCAAUACUUCCUUCAGUACAAAGACCUUCCCAUCUCAUUCCGUGACGGGGCUAACCCUGGUUUCCACGAGGCCAUUGGUGAUGUAAUGGCUCUGUCAGUCUCCACUCCGAAACACCUCAAAACCAUUGGGCUGCUCAACGAGGUGAUGGACAAUAAAGAGAGUGAUAUCAACUACUUGAUGAGCAUUGCCCUGGACAAGAUUGCUUUCCUCCCAUUUGGCUACCUAAUGGAUCAAUGGCGAUGGAAGGUUUUCGAUGGACGGAUCCCUGAAAGUGAUUACAACCGAGAGUGGUGGAAUCUGAGGUUAAAAUAUCAAGGACUGUGUCCUCCUGUACUUCGCUCAGAGGAAGAUUUUGAUCCUGGUGCGAAAUUCCACAUUCCUUCCAGUGUCCCCUAUGUCAGGUAUUUUGUAAGCUUCAUCAUCCAGUUCCAGUUCCAUGAGAGCCUUUGCAAAGCUGCAGAGCACGUUGGACCUCUGUACAAAUGUGACAUCUACAAGUCACGUGCAGCUGGAAAACUCAUUGGAGACGCCAUGAAGCUGGGAAGCAGCAAGCCCUGGUACGAGGCCAUGAGGAUGAUUACUGGGAACACAAGUAUGUCGGCCGCGUCUCUGCUGACAUAUUUUGAGCCGCUGAUCACAUGGCUGGAAGUGGAAAACAAGAAGAAUGGCGAGACACUGGGAUGGCCCGAGUAUGACUGGACACCAGGCGGGGAGAAUAUAGCUGAAGGAGCGGAGCGAACAGAGCGGCCAAGAGCUGCAACAUCGAGAUCCUGGGGUGGUGAGGAGGGAGACUCUGGGACUGACUGCGAGACCAACUGCUGCAACCUCGCGAUCCAGGGGAGGUGGCUUAUGAUUCCAAUCCUGGCGUUGAAAGUUCUUCGGCAUUCAGGACAGAAGGCGAAGGUGAAGAUGGAAGAAUUGCUGAAGAAGUCUGAAGGCGGAUAUAGAAUGCAUGCUAUUUGUGGUUUUUGAUAUAUGUUAAGCCUUUAUAGCUACUUUUUUGAUGU